AUGGAACUUGCAAGAGUAAGAGAGUAUAGGUACAAAACUGAAAAGGGUUUGCAGGUCCCUGAACCAUCUGGUGCCUUGCCACUUAUAGGCCAUCUUCAUCUACUAGGGGGCCAAAAGACGCUUGCUCGAACAUUGGGUGCCAUGGCAGAUAAAUAUGGUCCCAUCUUCACAAUUCGAAUGGGAAAGCACCGUAUAGUUGUGGUUACCGAUCCUGAGGCAGUCAAGGAGUGCUUCACAACAAAUGAUAGGAUUUUAUCGUCGAGGCCAAGAUCAAGUCACGGAGAGUACCUAAGCUACAAUUAUGCGGCAUUUGGUUUCGCAAAUUCUGGUCCUUUUUGGCGUGAAAUGCGUAAGAUAGCUGCGAUCCAACUCCUUUCCAGCCAUAGGCUCAAGUCGUUGAGGCAUGUUCAGGUCUCAGAGGUGAAUACCUUGAUCAAGGACAUGUACUUGCUUGGUAAGAGCAAUAAGCAAGUCUCCUCCAAGAUAGUGAUUAGUGAAUGUUUUGAGCGAAUGACAAUAAAUAUGAUCACAAGAAUGAUCGCGGGGAAGAGAUAUUUCAGUAGUGCUAAAACUGAAAAUGAAGAAGAAGGGAAGCGUAUUGGAAAACUCAUGAAGGAGUUCAUGUAUAUUUCCGGUGUCUUUGUCCCUUCAGAUUUAAUUCCUUUUCUAGGAUGGAUGAACAAGUUUCUUGGAUCAGUGAAAACUAUGAAGCGUCUUUCGAGGGAACUGGAUUCCCUUAUGGAAAGUUGGAUUCAAGAACAUAAAUUGAAGAGGCAUGAGAGUAUUGAUGGCUCCAACAAAACGGAAGACUUCAUAGACGUGAUGCUAUCCUUACUGGAUAAUAACAUGUUUGGCUAUUCCCGUGAAACAAUUAUAAAGGCAACAGCAAUGACUCUGAUCAUAGCAGGUGCCGAAACCACAUCUAUCGCUUUGACAUGGAUCUUAUCCAAUUUGUUGAACAACAGACGCUCAUUGCAGCUUGCCCAAGAAGAGCUAGACCUCAAAGUUGGCAGGGAAAGAUGGGUGGAGGACUCUGAUAUUGGGAACUUAGUGUACAUCCAGGCCAUUAUUAAAGAGACGCUGCGCUUGUACCCACCAGGUCCCUUGUCAGUUCCACAUGAGGCAACAGAAGAUUGUUGCAUUGCCGGAUAUCACGUACCAAAGGGCACUCGUUUGUUUGUGAAUCUAUGGAAGCUGCAUCGGGACCCAAAUACGUGGUCUAAUCCUGAUGAAUAUUUGCCAGAAAGAUUUCUCACAGAACAAGCAAAUGUAGAUGUUUUAGGUCAACAUUUUGAGUUGAUUCCAUUUGGCUCCGGGAGACGGUCUUGUCCAGGUAUCACAUUUGCAUUGCAAGCGAUGCACUUGACGCUUGCCAGGUUGCUUCAGGGUUUUGACAUGAAAACACCUACUGAUGGACCAGUGGACAUGACUGAAGGAUUAGCUAUAACCUUACCUAAGGCCACUCCGUUGGAAAUUCACGUCAUCCCACGCCUCUCGCCUGAACUCUACGAGUGCUAA